AGCACGUCGCCGGCGGAGGACGAGGGAGGGAGGAGGGAGGGAGGGGUGUGAGAGGCAGGGAGACAAGAUGGCGUCGCCCCAUCGCCGAGGCGGGUCCGGAGGGGAGCGGAGGCUUGGCGUCAAGGCCGGCGGCGGCCGGGAUUUGUAGCCGGGAGAGGCCGAGGCGAAGCGGAGGAGGAGCAGCAACAGCGGAGGCGAGAGAAGCGGGGCGGCCGCCGCCUGCGGGUUCUAAAUGGCUUCUAGGAAGUCAGGGUCUGACUUUCAUGGGACCUUCAGUUACAUUGAUGAUGUCCCAUUCAAGAUAGGAGACAAGUUCAAAGCACCAGCCAAAGUUGGACUGCCCAUUGGCUUUUGUUUGCCGGACUCUCCACAGCUUGUGAGGGAAGCCCAGUAUGACUUCUCCUUGGAGAAGAAAACCAUUGAGUGGGCCGAGAAUCUUAAAAGAAUCCAGGCUGCCCAGGAAGAGGCUGAGCGCAAGGCUGAGGAGGCUGUAGCAGAUGCCAAGGCUGUGUUGGAGGAGGAGAUCCGAGCGGGUGGUGGUCCAGGGGGGGCGGUCAUGCCGCCUCCUAUCAACCCGAUCCUUGCUAGUUUGCAGCACAACUACAUUCUGACGCCGACUCCUGCCAGCAGCAGUUCCUUGAAGCAAAAGGUCCUGAGCCCAUCCCACACCAAGGCCGAUUUCAACCCGGCAGAUUUCGAGUGUGAAGAGGACCCCUUUGACAAACUGGAAUUAAAAACGCUUGACGACAGAGAGGAACUGAAGAACAUUCUGCAGGUCCAUGCUGGCACCACCGGGCCGAUUGUCGCCCAGCGUCUAGACAAGAGCUUGCCCAAAGUAACCUCGGAGUCUGUGCUGCAAGACCAGGAGGUUUUGGCCUCCUUGGAGAGGGCAGCUUUGGACCUCAAGCCUGUUCACAAGCCCAACGGUCUGAUCGCUUUGCCCCAGCUGGGGGGCUGUGAAAAGAUGCCGCUGUCUUCCAAAGUGUCCCUGUCGCCGGUGACGUCCGUGAGCAAUAUCAAGUCUCUCUCCUUCCCAAAGCUCGACUCAGACGAGGCCGAGUUGCAGACCGCAAAGCUUGCGAGCACGUACCGCAGCGCGGCCUGCCUCCACAAUGGCACGUUCCUCGGCUCUUUGCAGAGCAAAGCCAGUGAACUGAAUGGGCAUCACGGAACAACGGGGCUGCCCGCCCUUGGUGGGGAGGGAGGCCCCGAGACAAAAGCCACUUCGGUAGCAUGUACAGAAGAAAUUCCAGCUCUCACCACAGCCACCGCGGUAACUCACCAAAGUUUCCCAACAUCUCAAGUGCCCAACACCGCCGGCUGCGUGAAAUGGCCAAGCAGCUUCGCCCACCUCGAUGUGCUGCAGGCCCUUUCCUCCGGUGAGAGGCAGUGUGUGGAAACUGUCGUCAACAUGGGUUAUUCGUACGAGGAUGUCUUGAAAGCUAUGAAGAAGAAGGGGCAGAACAUAGAGCAGGUUCUGGACUACCUGUUUGUCCACGGGCAGUUCUGCGAGAGAGGCUUUGAUCCACUCCUGGUAGAGGCGGCUCUUGAAAUGUAUCAGUGUUCAGAAGAGAAGACAACAGAACUUCUCCAGCUAAUGAGUAAAUUUAAAGAAAUGGGGUUUGAACUGAAAGACAUUAAAGAGGUAUUAUUAUUACACAACAAUGACCAGGACAAUGCACUGGAGGACUUAAUGACCCGGGCAGGAGCCAGUUGAAGGGUGACAAGAGGAGGAGCACAUCAUCUUAUCCUGCCAACCAAACCUUUGCCAUCAUCAUGUGGCUGUCUCUGUGGGCGUGGGAAAGAGACCACCACGACGAUUCUGCCUUUCCAGGAUGCUGACAAAGCCGGGGGAGCUGGUCCAUCGGUACGCAUCACUCCAGUAGGCUGUUCCCACCGGAGAGAGCCCAGUCCGCUUUCUUCAAUUAAAGUUUAAGUGUCCUUUCCUAAGUUUCCUUUUCUUUUCGGUUAGGCCACGGAAAAUCUUGACGGGAGCUGUACAUAGCCAGGCCGGGCUCAUUGUUUCCUCUCCCUCCUCUUGCACUGGACUUGGUCAGAAGUUAUCAGCCAGGCUCUGAAACGAACCAGGCUUUGAUUCUUUGAAGCUGUUUUCAUUUGUGUGUCUGCUUGAACUGAAACACAAGACUCCUGGUCAAGAUUUGCAGAAGUCUUACCUUUAGUGCAAUUGAAUUUUUAAUUUGGUGGAGGGGGAGAAAGUCUUUGAUUGAAGGUUAGUGUGUAACUUAGUGCAACACUGGUUCUGGAAUUGCCGCUAUGCAUACAGAGAAGCUCUGCGGUUUGUUUCUGGCGUUUGGGCCCUGGUUAUCCACACUCUUGCCAGCGCUUAAAUAGAUAAACUGAGUUCUCGGAGCAGGUAAGCUGUGAAGCCCCCCUACUUGGGACUGAUGUUGAGCGAUGGCUUUGAAAACCACCCCCGGGGGGCGGGGGGGGGGAAGAGUCUUCCCAGGCUGGCUGGGUUCCUGUUUCACUCCACAGGCCCUUCUAAAAAAAAAAAAAAACAACCAACAGCUGAUUGUCCGUUUCAAAUACAGUGUGAAAUUGGAAGUCUUAUCUUUUCAAGCACUUUGUUUUUAAUAUUCACCGCAUUGGUUCCAUUUUUUCCACACUGCUAUAGUUACAUUAAUCUAUUAACAUCUAGUAAUAGGAAUCAGACUUUUGGUUUGGUUUUGAUAGUAAAAAAAUAAAAGGGUGUAUUAUGUUGUACAUGGUUAAAGAUCUAAAUACAUAAAAUAUAAGCAGUCUUGAUGAUCUUUGAAGUAAUUUGCUAAGUAUUUUGGUUCUGCAGAAAGAUACUAAUAAAAAAACUUAAAAUAUG